AUGAGUUAUUCUAUAAUGUAAAUACUGAGUUUGUUCUAAGAGAAUGAAGAUCAUAGUAUUCACAAUAUAAGCUGUCUAAGUGAUUCAGAACCUAAAACUCCGGCUUUUAGAGAUGAAAAAGAACAUCUUAGAAGACAAAUUAAUGAAGUUAGACAAUAAAACUAAAUUCUUCAGAAUGAAUAUCAAAAGUAAAUUAUGAAUUUAAGUGAAAAACUAGGUAUAGUUUAAUAUGAUUUUAGCUUAAACCUAAACUUUAUAGAGUAAAAUAGAGAAAUAUAAAGAAUAAAUGAAAAAUGAGUUAGAGUAAAAUUAACUUCUUACAAAAUAAUACCUUUAAAAGCAUGAGGUUUGUUUUGAUUUGAAACAGUAAGUUUUACAGAAUAAGAAAUAAGCCAAAAUAAAUUAUGAAGAUGCUGGAAAAAGAAUCACAACUUGUCCAAGUGAAACAUCUACCGUACAAAGCCCUUCAUUUGUGAUACCUUCAUCACCUAAACCAAUAAAGUUGUGCUAUAAUUCAUUCACUCAACAUUUUUGA